AUGCUGAGCGCAGAGCGAUCGCUGGCAGAGCUGUGGCUGGCAACAGACGGUGUGGCGGUCGCCAAUCUGGUGGUCAAGAAUCCGGGCGUAGCUGCGGCGCUGCUCCCAUCGACCAGCAAAGCCCGCGAUGAGGUCAACGACGGCGACGAUGACGACGUCUCGGACGAGGUGUUGCACAAGCUCAUCGCCAAGAUCCGGCGUGACAAGCAUCGGACAUUGAGCCAUGGCCGUGAGGUGAGCGCGAGCGAGCGCGAGGCCCGCGAGGAAACGCUUGUUGCUGUUCUUGUCGCGCUCGGGCAGCUACUGCCCCAGAUCGGAUACUGCCAAGGCAUGAACAUGGUUGCCGGCUACGCGCUGGCCAUGCACAACUUUGACGCCGAGCGCGGGCUGUGGACAACAUGGGCCGUUCUCCGUCGCGGCGGCGGCUUGUACGCACCGGGCAUGCCAGGCUUUGACGCCGGCAUGGCCUGGCUCGCCACGGCCAUUCCCACGGUUCUCCCGGCGGUUGCCGCUGCCAUGGCUGCCGCUGACGUCGUCCCACUCAUGUUCGCCUCGGCCUGGCUCCACACGCUCAUGUCGCACGACUCGCUGCCGGCGCAUGUGACUCGCGCGACAUGGACGGCCAUGGCAAGCGCCGAGCUGCCGCCGCAAGCUUGUGCAGCUGCGGGGGCUACCGGCAGCCGUCCGCACGUUGUGGUUGUCCUUGCGGCCGCUCUCGCGCUCCUCGCCUGCCUCGAGCCUGCGCUUGGACCUGCUGCUGUCGAUACCAUGGCCUUUCUCUCGGUCUUUCGCGACGAUGAGCUCAUCAAGACCAUGGUUGAGCCGGCCGCCUUUGCCCGCGCCUUUGCUCCAGCCGUCGACUUUCUCUUUGCCGAUCAGGCCGCACUGACACAGCUGAUUUCGGCCUUUGCCGCGCCCUGA